AUGGAUUCAACUGGAAUUCGAACUCGGCUCUCCGGUUCCUCAAUCCGAGCCGUUAUCCAUUAUUCCAUUUCUUUUAAAUAUUCUUUGUUUUCUCUAUUUAUUUUCUUUUUAUUUAUUUUUUUUCCUUUUUCUUUGUUUUUCUUCUUUCUCUCUUUUUUUCCUUUUGGUUUUCUAUUUUACCUUUUUUCUCCUCAUCUUUUUUCUUUUUUUUUUUACUGCGUGUUUUUCCACUUCUUUAUUUCUUUUUUCUUUCUUUCUUUCUUUCUUUCUUCCUUGUCUGUUUUUCCUCUUUCUUUCUUUCCUAUCUGUUUUCCUCCUCCUCUUCUUUCUUUUUUUCUUUCUUAUCUGAUUUUCCUCCUCUUCUUUCUUUCUUCGCUGUUUUUCCUUUUUCUUUCUUUCCCGUUUUCCUCCUUUUCUUUCUUUUUAUUUCUUAGCUGCCUGUUCUUUCUUUCUUUCUUUCUUUCUUUCUUUCUUUCUUUCUUUCUUUCUUUCUUUCUUUCUUUCUUUUCCCUGCCUGUUUCUCCUUCUUCCAUUCUUUCUUUCUUCCCUGCCAGUUUUUCCUCCUUCUUCCUUUCUUUCUUUCCUGUCUAUUCUUUCUUUCUUUCUUUCUUUCUUUCUUUCUUUCUUUCUUUUUUUCCCUGCCUGUUUCUCCUUCUUCCAUUCUUUCUUUCUUCCCUGCCAGUUUUUCCUCCUUCUUUCCUUUCUGUCUAUUUUUCUUUCCUUUCUUUUCUUUCUUUCUUUCUUUCUUUCUUUCUUUUCUUUGUUUUCCUUUUCCUUUCUUUCUUUCCCUGCCUUUUUUCUUCCUUCUUCCUUUCUUUCUUUCUUCCCUUCUUUUUCUUUCUUUUUUCUUUCUUUCUCUUCUUUCUUUCUUUCUUUCCCUGCCUGUUUCUUUCUUCCUUUCUUUCUUUCUUUCUUUCUUUCUUUCUUUCCUUUCUUUCUUUCCUGUCUAUUCUUUCUUUCUUUCUUUUCUUUUUUCUUUCUUUCUUUCUUUCUUUUCCCUGCCUGUUUCUCCUUCUUCUUCUUUCUUUCUUUGCCAGUUUUUUCCUUCUUCCUUUCUUUUCUUUCUUUCUUUCUUUCUUUCUUUCUUUCUUUCUUUCUUUCUUUCUUUCUUUUCCCUGCCUGUUUCUCCUUCUUCCAUUCUUUCUUUCUUCCCUGCCAGUUUUUCCUCCUUCUUCCUUUCUUUCUUUCCUGUCUAUUCUUUCUUUCUUUCUUUCUUUCUUUCUUUCUUUCUUUCUUUCUUUCUUUCUUUCUUUCUUUCUUUUCCCUGCCUGUUUCUCCUUCUUCCAUUCUUUUUCUUUCUUCCCUGCCAGUUUUUCCUCCUUCUUCCUUUUCUUUCUUUCCUGUCUAUUCUUUCUUUUUUCUUUCUUUCUUUCUUUCUUUCUUUCUUUCUUUCUUUUCCCUGCCUGUUUCUCCUUCUUCCAUUCUUUCUUUCUUCCCUGCCAGUUUUCCUCCUUCUUCCUUUUCUUUCUUUUCUUUCUUUCUUUCUUUCUUUCUUUCUUUUCUGUUUCUUUCUUUCUUUCUUUCUUCCCUGCCAGUUUUCCUCCUUCUUCCUUUCUUUCUUUCUUUCUUUUUCUUUCCUUGCCUUUUUUUCCUUCCUGCCUGUUUCUCCUUCUUCCAUUCUUUCUUUCUUACCUGCCAGUUUUUCCUCCUUCUUCCUUUCUUUUCUUUCCUGUCUAUUCUUUCUUUCUUUCUUUCUUUCUUUCUUUCUUUCUUUUCCCUGCCUGUUUCUCCUUCUUCCAUUCUUUCUUUCUUCCCUGCCAGUUUUUCCUCCUUCUUCCUUUCUUUCUUUCCUGUCUAUUCUUUCUUUCUUUCUUUCUUUCUUUUUAUUCUAUUUUCCAUUAUUCGUCUUUUAGAGCUGCUUCUUUUCUUUUAUUCUCCAUUUUGAAUUUAAUUCACUCCCUCAGGAUGCCUGACAGAUAUCUUUCCGCCCAGGAAGCUUGUUGUAAUUUUAAGCAAUUUCCUUUCAAGGAAAACGACAGUAUCUUACGAAGUAGCCGUGUGGUACUUCAAAAAGAUCUAUCUAUCUAUCUAUCUAUCUAUCUAUCUAUCUAUCUAUCUAAGCCUAUUCGUCGUCUAUUUUACUACCAGAUCACCUAUCUAUUUGAAGCAGCACAUCUAUCUCGAAUCCAAUUACAGUGUUUCUAUCUAUCGAUCGAUGGAUCACAUUCUGUUUCUAUAUCUAUCGAUCUAACUCAUUUUGUUUCUAUCUAUCUAUCUAUCUAUCUAUCUAUCUAUCUAUCUAUCUAUCUAUCCCAGUCUUUCCAUAUCUAUCUAUCUAUCUAUCUAUCUAUCUAUCUAUCUAUCUAUCUAUCCCAGUCUUUCCAUAUCUAUCUAUCUAUCUAUCUAUCUAUCUAUCUAUCUAUCUAUCUAUCAAGCCUUUCUUCUUUCUUUCUCUUACUUUCUCUUUUCCCCUCUUUCUUUUUUUUUUCUCACGCUUUCUUUCUUGCUUUCUUUUUUUCUUUCUUUCUCCCUCUCUUUCUCUCUCUUUCUUUCUUCUCCCUCUGUUUCUCUCUCUAA